AUAUGUUAACAGAUUUAAGCAGUUUUUGACACUUAUUGAUGAAUUUUGGACUUCAUCUCUCAUCAAUAUCCUGGUAUUCUUUUUAUUCUCCAGUAAUAAUUCCUGCCUGAACAGAGCUCUGAUUCAUAAACCGAGAGCGUCUUUACAAGCAUUUGAAAGUAUUUUGAGAAGCAGGUCUCUUUUAAUUUUUAAUUUCUUAAUGAAACAAAUUGAUUAAAUGAGCCUUUGUUUCGAUGACUUCUUCUACCAAUUGAUUCAUGUUCGCAUGACAGCUGCCAGUUUCAGGUGAAACGAAUAUUUGAACGAAACAAAAGAACAAUAACGACUUGAGGUCGCAUCUCAAGUGUUUUUUCUCAUGUCAAGUAUGUAUUUUAUCAGCCACUUCACCUGUGACAAGCUCAUGCUUGUUUAUUACACUUGUCACGUGACUCACAGGAAAAGGUGUAACGGAUGCUGCGAGGGCUGAGGUUUCUGCACAGACACAAACAAAAAGAGCACAAGAACUACGAUCAUCUCUGUGCAACGCUGCAAUGAUAGUAAUCGAUUAAAGCAGUGUGCAAAACUUUGAUAACUUUGAGACUCAUCUCACUUCUAAUCAUUCAGUGGACAAAAGGAGGAUAAUUCUUUGUCUCUAGCGGCGAUUUUUUUAGGACUUCCUGUUUUGUGAAAACGGAUACAUAACCAGCAGCUCUGAUUCUCUCGGAGAGGAAACACUGAUACUUUAGGACACGUUUUGAUACUGGUUAUUGUACUGAAGAACUAUUCUAGAAUUUCUACACUUUUAUUUAUUCGGAAGGUAAUAAACUGAAGCUACCAAGACUUCACCUGAAACAUGAAAAAUGGGUUCCAGUGCAUCAAAAGAGGACCGACAGCCUUUGAUUGGAGAUGAUGAAGAAAUUCAGCCUAUUUUUGAGGAUCUUAAACUUGUGCUGAUUGGAAGUCAAGGUGCUGGAAAAAAUGCUAUUGCUAAUGCCAUCCUUGGGAAGAAAGUCUUCACAUUCUGGACGUCUUUUAAGAGUAAAUACGUCAAAGAGACUUGUAGAGUAUCAGGAACACGCAUUCAUUUGACUCGCACCCCAGGCUGGACAGGAGACCUGAGUAGAUCAGGGAAAACCAAACGUGAAAUUGUCCGCUGUGUUCAGUCCUUAUUCAGGACUGGACCUCACGCGGUCAUCUUGGCCCUUAAAGUGAACUCAAUGCUGUCAGAGUCGACCAUCAACACCCUAGAAAGUCUGCUUACCGUUCAGGUGUGGGACCACACCAUAGUACUCUUCACACAUGGAGAAAAGCUGGGAGAUUAUACCAUUGAGGACUAUAUCCGAUAUCAGCAGCUUCAGUCUUUUAUCCAAAAAUGUGGCAAAAGAUAUUUUGUGAUCGAAAACAAUAGCAGCAACCAGAUUACUGAUACAAUUCAAGAGCUCGUUGCCAAGAAGAAUUCUGCAUUUUAUUUUAAACUUUCAGCUCAGAUAGAGGAUAAUAAUGCUUUAGAAUCAGACUGGAGGCUUGUUGUUGAAAGAAUCAAAUCUAAAAUCACUUCUCUGUUAGCUUUCAGGGAAAAAUUACGGUUAGAUUUGCAAAUGCAAAACAGCAGCUCGCUUAGAAGGUUGCUCGAUUCAAAAAAUGCUGAGAUAAACAGACUGAAUGCCAUUGUUCAAGAAAAAGAAAGAGAGAUAGAGAGGUUAUGCUCAGGAGGUCUUGACCCCUCUGGCCUACACAGACGACCAAUUGCUGAACUGGACGCUGAACUAAAGGGAAGGAAUGCAGAGAAUGAAACACUGAAAGAAAGAAAUGAUAAAAGAAAAGGAUGCUAA